AUGGCUAGCACCCGUGAUUCCCACUCUUAUGCUUGCGAUGAGUGUCGUUUACGAAAGUCCAAGUGCUCCAAAGAAAGACCUACUUGUGCCCAAUGCAAGCAACUGAAUAAGGAAUGCAACUACAGCCCAAAGGUUACCAGAAGCCCCCUUACGCGGCAACACUUGACCUAUGUGGAAGAGCGCCUGCAGGCGUUUGAAACGGCUCUAGGACGACUGUUUCCUGGUGGCGAUUUGGAUGCAACUGUUCGCUCUCUCUUACAUGAUCAGGAUGGCCCGCCUAAACCAGGCUCGUCGUCUAAAUCUUCAUCCAGACAUUCAACCCCGGCUAAAGCUGAGGCAGAUCGCCCUGAGCCAGCACCAGAAGCCUUGCCUCAACAGGCAGACGGGUUUGACUGGGCAGAAAAUAAGAUCACCGUUGGAGAUCUGACAGAUGGCAUGGCAGCUUUGUCUAUAAAACCCGAAGGCGCUGGUUAUUUUGGAGCUUCAUCCAGUGUUGUCCCACUUCGAGCCUUGAUUAAGCAUGGCUUUGACCUCAACAUUCCAGUGCGGCCAACCGACAAUACAGAACGAAUCCCUUUGAAAGCUCAACUCUUGAACAUUGCGCCCUCAGGAGUAGUGGAGCAAGCCUUCAUGGAUGCAUUUUUCCUCAACUACCAUACGAGCUAUCCCUUUGUCCACGAAGCUAGUUUUCGAGCGCAGUUUUACGAACAAGUGCCUCGCCCUCAUGGGCAGGUAUGGCAAAUUUUGCUAAAUACAAUCCUAGCCCUAGGGGCAUGGAGUAUUGGUGAUGAUAACUCUGACCUAGAUAUCACUUUCUAUCAAGAGGCGAGAAGUCGUUUACAGGUAGUUUCAGUAUUUGAAACCGGAAACUUGACCCUCGUCCAGGCAUUGUUGUUGUUAAGUAAUUAUGCCCAGAAAAGAAACAAACCAAACACUGGGUGGAACUUCUUGGGUCUGGCUGUCAGAAUGUCUAUGAGUCUUGGGUUGCAUAAGGAAUUUCACGGAUGGAAAAUCAGCUUGCUACAAAGAGAAGUUAGGAGAAGACUGUGGUGGGGAGUCUACAUAUUUGAUAGUGGCGCCGCUAAAACUUUCGGCCGUCCUAUUCUCCUGCCUGAAGAUAGUGUUAUGGAUGUGAAGCAUGUUCUCAACAUUCAUGAUGAAGCUCUCACAGCAGCGACCACAACCUUACCGCCUGAGGUCAAUGAACCAACGCUCUAUUCAGGACUAAUCGCACAGGCCAGAUUCCAUCUACUCACGAACAGUGUCUAUCAGCGUCUGAUAUCUGGCCCAAACCCCACGGCGGAGGAAACAUUGAGUCUUCAAAAACCCAUGGAGGAAUGGUAUAAUGGCCUUCCGGACUAUUUCAAACAACCGAUUUCCAACAAUGAAUCCGACAACUUUGCCCUCGUUCGCAAUCGGCUUAUGUGGCGGGAUUGGAACCUGAGAAUUCUCCUCUACCGCCCUAUUCUUCUCCGUUGGGCGUCGAGAAGAUGGACGCCAAAUCCAAACAACCAUACUGAACCGGAAGAUCCCCUCGAGGCCGAUUGCAGAAAGCUCUGCCUUCGAAACGCAAGAUUAACCAUCUCCUCGAUCGCCGAUUUUGUAAAUAAUCACCUCUGCACUAGGCUCGGUGCAUGGUACAUGCUAUACUUCCUCUUCCAAGCCGGUCUCAUCCCCAUCAUCCUCCUCAUGACCGACCCUACAAGUGCGGAUGCCCCAGGUUGGCUUCAAGAAAUCGAAUCCACCAAAGCCCUCCUAAUGCACCCCUCCCUAAGCAACAACCACCUUGCCGGCCGUUGUCUAGACGUCAUCAACCGCCUCUGUUCCCCUGUAUACACCAACUCCCCCUCCUCCACUCCUGCAGCCCGAAUAAUCGGCCCCGGUGGACCCCAACAGCCCAUCUUCAUGCCCUUCGCGGACCAGCUCUUCAACGACCCAACCUUCGGCAGCAUGUUCCCGGACGUAGACCAAGAGCUGAACCUCAGCGGGAUGGACUUCUCCGAAUGGGUAAACUUCACGCCACAAAACGAGUUCACAUGA